CUGCUAUACCCACAGUGGUGGUCAUCUCUUCUGAUCUUCACAGCCAAUCAGCUUGCAAGGCCCCUGACCUCAGCUCAGCUCUUGUAGAUCCUUAUGACAUCCUCCUUUAAGAGUGGAGUCCUAGGGCAAGCUGUUUUAUUCCUGCCUCCUGAGGCCUUUCUGAGGAUCUGUGGCUUGUCUCUGUCCUGAAGGUGAAGAUGGAUGACAGAUGCUACCCAGUAAUCUUUCCAGAUGAGCGGAAUUUUCGCCCCUUCACUUCUGACUCUCUGGCUGCAAUUGAGAAGCGGAUUGCCAUCCAAAAGGAGAAAGAUAAGUCUAAAGACCAGACAGGAGAAGUACCCCAUCCUCGGCCUCAGCUUGACCUAAAGGCCUCCAGGAAGUUGCCCAAUCUCUAUGGCGACAUUCCUCGUGAGCUCAUAGGAAAGCCCCUGGAAGACUUGGACCCAUUCUACAGAAAUCAUAAGACAUUUAUGGUGUUAAACAAAAAGAGGACAAUCUACCGCUUCAGUGCCAAGCAUGCCUUGUUCAUUUUUGGGCCUUUCAAUUCAAUCAGAAGUUUAGCCAUUAGAGUCUCAGUCCAUUCAUUGUUCAGCAUGUUCAUAAUCGGCACUGUUAUCAUCAACUGCGUGUUCAUGGCUACAGGGCGUGCUAAAAACAGCAACAGCAACAAUACUGACAUUGCAGAGUGUGUCUUCACUGGGAUUUAUAUUUUUGAAGCUUUGAUUAAAAUACUGGCAAGAGGUUUCAUUCUGGAUGAGUUUUCUUUCCUUCGAGAUCCAUGGAACUGGCUGGACUCCAUUGUCAUCGGAAUAGCGAUUGUGUCAUAUAUUCCAGGAAUCAACAUCAAAGUGUUGUCCCUGCGUACCUUCCGUGUGUUCAGAGCUUUAAAAGCAAUUUCAGUAGUUUCACGUCUGAAGGUCAUCGUGGGGGCCUUGCUGCGCUCUGUGAAGAAGCUGGUCAAUGUGAUUAUCCUCACCUUCUUUUGCCUCAGCAUCUUUGCCCUGGUAGGUCAGCAGCUCUUCAUGGGAAGCCUGAACCUGAAAUGCAUCUCGAGGCACUGUAAAAAUAUCAGUAACCUGGAAGCUCAUGACCAUUGCUUUGAAAAGAAAGAAAAUUCGACUGAAUUCAAAAUGUGUGGCAUCUGGAUGAGUAACAGUACCUGUUCCACACAAUAUGAAUGUAACCACACCAAAAUUAAUCCUGACUAUAAUUAUACGAAUUUUGACAACUUUGGCUGGUCUUUUCUUGCCAUGUUCCGGCUUAUGACCCAAGAUUCCUGGGAGAAGCUUUAUCAACAGACCCUGCGUACUGCUGGACUCUACUCAGUCUUCUUCUUCAUUGUGGUCAUUUUCCUGGGCUCCUUCUACCUGAUUAACUUAACCCUGGCUGUUGUUACCAUGGCGUAUGAGGAGCAGAACAAGAAUGUAGCUGCGGAGAUAGAGGCCAAGGAAAAGAUGUUUCAGGAAGCCCAGCAGCUGUUAAAGGAGGAAAAGGAGGCUCUGGUUGCCAUGGGAAUUGACAGAAGUUCACUUACUUCCCUCGAAACAUCAAAUUUUACCCCCCAAAAGAGAAAGCUCUUUGGUAUUAAGAAAAGGAAGUCCUUCUUUUUGAGAGAGUCUGGGAAAGGCCAGCCUCCAGGGUCAGAUUCUGAUGAAGAUUCCCAAAAAAAGCCACAGCUCCUAGAGCAAACCAAACGACUGUCCCAGAAUCUAUCACUGGACCACUUUGAUGAGCAUAGAGAUCCUCUCCAAAGGCAGAGAGCACUGAGUGCUGUCAGCAUCCUCACCAUCACCAUGAAGGAACAAGAAAAAUCACAAGAGCCUUGUCUCCCUUGCGGGGAAAACCUGGCAUCCAAAUACCUCGUGUGGAACUGCUGCCCCCCGUGGCUGUACAUUAAGAAGGUCCUGAGAACUGUGAUGACUGACCCGUUUACUGAGCUGGCCAUCACCAUCUGCAUCAUCAUCAACACUGUCUUCUUGGCCAUGGAGCAUCAUAAGAUGGAGCCCAGUUUUGAGAAGAUGUUGAAUACAGGGAAUUUGGUUUUCACUAGCAUUUUUAUGGCAGAAAUGUGCCUAAAAAUCAUUGCUCUCGAUCCCUACCACUACUUUCGCCGAGGCUGGAACAUUUUUGACAGCAUUGUUGCUCUUCUGAGUUUUGCAGAUGUAAUGAACGGUAAAUUUCAAAAGAGAAGCUGGCCAUUCUUGCGUUCCUUCAGAGUGCUCAGGGUCUUCAAGUUAGCCAAAUCCUGGCCAACUUUGAACACACUAAUUAAGAUAAUCGGCAACUCUGUCGGAGCCCUUGGAAGCCUGACUGUGGUCCUGGUCAUUGUGAUCUUUAUUUUCUCAGUAGUUGGCAUGCAGCUUUUUGGCCAUAGCUUCCAUUCUCAAAAGAGUCAAAAACUCUGUAACCCGACAGGCACGACAGUCUCAUGUUUACGGCACUGGCACAUGGGGGAUUUCUGGCAUUCCUUCCUAGUGGUGUUCCGCAUCCUCUGCGGGGAAUGGAUCGAAAAUAUGUGGGAAUGUAUGCAAGAAGCGAAUACAUCAUCAUCAUUGUGUGUUAUUGUCUUCAUAUUGAUCACGGUGAUAGGAAAACUUGUGGUGCUCAACCUCUUCAUUGCCUUACUGCUCAAUUCCUUUAGCAAUGAGGAAAGAAAUGGAAACUUAGAAGGAGAGGCCAGGAAAACUAAAGUCCAGUUAGCACUGGAUCGAUUCCGCCGGGCUUUUUGUUUUGUGAGACACACUCUUGAGCAUUUCUGUCACAAGUGGUGCAGGAAGCAAAAGUUACCAAAGCAAAAAGAGGUGACAGGAGGCUGUACUGCACAAAGCAAAGAUAUCAUUCCCCUGGUCACGGAGAUGAAAAGGGGCUCAGAGACCCAGGAGGAGCUUGGUAUACUAACCUCUGUACCAAAGACCUUGGGCAUCAGGCAUGACUGGACUUGGUUGGCACCACUUGCAGAGGAGGAAGAUGAUGCUGAAUUUUCUGGUGAAGAUAACGCACAGCCCAUCACACAACCAGAGGCAGAACAACAGGCCUAUGAGCUCCAUCAGGAGAACAAGAAGCCCACCAGCCAGGGAGUUCAAAGUGUGGAAAUUGACAUGUUCCCUGAAGAUGAGCCUCAUCUGACCAUACAGGAUCCCCGAAAGAAGUCUGAUGUUACCAGUAUACUAUCAGAAUGUAGCACCAUUGAUCUUCAGGAUGGCUUUGGAUUGUUACCUGAGAUGGUUCCCAAAAAGCAACCAGAGAGAUGUUUGCCCAAAGGCUUUGGUUGCUGCUUUUCAUGCUGUAGCAUGGACAAGAGAAAGCCUCACUGGGUCAUUUGGUGGAACCUGCGGAAAACCUGCUACCAAAUAGUGAAACACAGCUGGUUUGAGAGCUUUAUUAUCUUUGUGAUUCUGCUGAGCAGUGGGGCACUGAUAUUUGAAGAUGUUCACCUUCAGAGCCAACCCAAAAUCCAAGAUUUACUAAAUUGUACUGACGUUAUUUUUACACAUAUUUUUAUCCUGGAGAUGGUACUAAAAUGGGUAGCCUUUGGAUUUGGAAAGUAUUUCACCAGUGCCUGGUGCUGCCUUGAUUUCAUCAUUGUGAUUGUCUCUGUGACCACCCUCAUUAACUUAAAGGAAUUGAAGUCCUUCCGAACUCUGCGAGCACUGAGGCCUCUUCGUGCGCUGUCCCAGUUUGAAGGAAUGAAGGUGGUGGUCAAUGCUCUCAUAGGUGCCAUACCUGCCAUUCUGAAUGUUUUGCUUGUCUGCCUCAUUUUCUGGCUCAUAUUUUGUAUUCUGGGAGUACACUUCUUUUCUGGAAAAUUUGGGAAAUGCAUUAAUGGAACAGACUCAGUUAUAAAUUAUACCAUCAUUGCAAAUAAAAGUCAAUGUGAAAGGGGCAAUUUCUCUUGGAUCAACCAGAAAGUCAACUUUGACAAUGUGGGAAAUGCUUACCUCGCUCUGCUGCAAGUGGCAACAUUUAAGGGCUGGAUGGAUAUUAUAUAUGCAGCUGUUGAUUCCAGAGAGAAAGAACAGCAGCCAGAGUUUGAGAGCAAUUCACUCGGUUACAUUUACUUCGUAGUUUUUAUCGUCUUUGGCUCAUUCUUCACUCUGAAUCUCUUCAUUGGUGUUAUUAUUGACAACUUCAACCAACAGCAGAAGAAGUUAGGUGGCCAAGACAUUUUUAUGACGGAAGAACAGAAGAAAUACUAUAAUGCAAUGAAAAAAUUAGGAUCCAAAAAACCUCAAAAACCUAUUCCACGGCCUCUGAACAAAUGUCAAGGUUUUGUGUUCGACAUAGUCACAAGCCAGAUCUUUGACAUCAUCAUCAUAAGUCUCAUUAUCCUAAACAUGAUUAGCAUGAUGGCUGAAUCAUACGACCAAUCCAAAGCCGUGAAAUCCACCCUUGACCAUCUCAACUGGGUCUUUGUGGUCAUCUUUACAUUAGAAUGUCUUAUCAAAAUCUUCGCUUUGAGGCAAUACUACUUCACCAAUGGCUGGAAUUUAUUUGACUCUGUGGUCGUGCUUAUUUCUAUUGUUAGUACAAUGAUUUCUACCUUGGAAAGUCAGGAGUACAUUCCUUUCCCUCCGACGCUCUUCAGAAUUGUCCGCUUGGCUCGGAUUGGCCGAAUCCUGAGGCUUGUCCGGGCUGCACGAGGAAUCAGGACUCUCCUCUUUGCUCUGAUGAUGUCGCUCCCUUCUCUGUUCAACAUUGGUCUUCUACUCUUUCUGAUUAUGUUUAUCUAUGCUAUUUUGGGUAUGAACUGGUUUUCCAAAGUGAAUCCAGAGUCUGGAAUUGAUGAUAUAUUCAACUUCAAGACUUUUGCCGGAAGCAUGCUCUGUCUCUUCCAGAUAAGCACAUCAGCAGGUUGGGAUUCCCUGCUCAACCCCAUGCUGCGAUCAAAAGAAUCAUGUAACUCCUCCUCAGAAAACUGCCACCUCCCUGGCAUAGCCACAUCCUACUUUGUCAGUUACGUUAUCAUCUCCUUUCUCAUUGUUGUCAACAUGUACAUUGCUGUGAUUUUAGAGAACUUCAAUACAGCCACUGAAGAAAGCGAGGACCCUUUGGGUGAAGAUGACUUUGACAUAUUUUAUGAAGUGUGGGAAAAGUUUGACCCAGAAGCAACACAAUUUAUCGAAUAUUCUGCCCUUUCUGACUUUGCUGAUGCCUUGCCUGAGCCUUUGCGUGUGGCAAAGCCAAAUAAAUAUCAAUUUCUAGUAAUGGACUUGCCCAUGGUGAGUGGUGAUCGCCUCCACUGCAUGGAUGUUCUUUUCGCCUUCACCGCUAGGGUACUUGGUGGGUCUGAUGGCCUGGAUAGCAUGAAAGCAAUGAUGGAAGAGAAGUUCAUGGAAACCAAUCCUCUCAAGAAGUUGUAUGAACCCAUAGUCACUACCACCAAGAGAAAGGAAGAGGAAAGAUGUGCUGCGGUUAUUCAAAAGGCCUUUCGAAAGUACAUGAUGAAGGUGACCAAGGGUGACCAAGGUGACCAAAGUGACUUGGAAAACAGGCCUCAUUCACCACUCCAGACUCUUUGCAAUGGAGACUUAUCUAGCUUUGGGGUGGUCAAGGGCAAGGUCCACUAUGACUAAGCCCUCACCUCCACGCUUACCUCACAGCUUCACAGGCUUGCCUCCAGCCUCUGAGCUCCAGGGGUCGGCAACUUAGUGUAUGAACAGGUAGUGGAUUCACCAAAUUAGCCAUUCCAUUUUCUUUUCUGGCUAAAAGAAGUGAUAUUUCAGUUUCAUUUUAAAUGAUACAGAGAUAUAAGAUAAAGCUGCCUGACAACCACUGGUACUAUUUUAAUAAGGAAGAAGACACCAGGAAGGACUGUAAAAGGACAUACCAAUGUUAGGAUUGGAAUAGUUCAGGCCGGGCACAGUGUCUCAUACCUGUAAUCCCAGCAGUUUGAGAUGCUGAGGCGAGUAGAUCAUGAGGUCAAGAGAUUGAGACCAUCCUGGCCAACAUGAUGAAACCUCAUCUCUUCCAAAAAAUACAAAAAUUAGCUGGACAUGGUGGCGUGUACCUGUACUCCCAGCUACUUGGGAGGCUGAGGCAGGAGAAUCGCUUAGACCUGGGAGAUGGAGGUUGCAGUGAGCCAAGAUCAUACCGCUGCAUUCCAGCCUGGUGACAGAGUGAGACUCUGUCUCAAAAGAAAAAAAAAAGGAAAAAAAAAGAAACAUGGUUGAAACAUGGUUCAAAUUAUAUCUAAACAAAAAAGAAUAAGACACAAAAAACACAUUAAAAUUUUAAGUUGUAUUUUCUGUGUUUCUAGGUACAUCAUUUUUGUUUGAUAUUUUCCUGAUGCAAGUAUGUGGUUUAUCACCUGUAGCUCUUCUGCAUGCUAAAUGAAAAUUCAAAACUUGCCAAUAAAUGAAUAGCUUAUUGCAGAUAUUUUUUUACCAACAUUAAUUAUUUUGGGUUUGUUUAAGACCUAGAGGCACAAUCUUGACUUGUCAAUUACUACCCUUUCACAAGCUACCAUCAUACAUAUAUAUAUAUUUUUUAAAUAAAACUUUGUUUGUGUU